AUGCCCAUUCUGAUUGAAUUGCUGAUAACUUUGAUCUCAACCGUGGCCCUGCUAGUGCCCAUCUAUCUCUUCCGACGGCACAAGUCCAAAGACGGUUGCAACGUGCCCAAAGCCGAAGGCUGUUGGCCUAUUUUGGGCCACAUUCCUCUGUUCAGCAGCAAGGAUCUGCUGAUACACAAAAAGUUGGGUUCCAUGGCCGACAAGUACGGACCGAUUUUCGCCUUAAGAUUAGGCUCUCACCGAGCAAUCGUGGUGAGCAGUUGGGAAGUGGCUAAGGAGAUUUUCACCGUCCACGACAAGGCCUUCUCUGAUCGACCGGUGAUCACCGCCACAAAACUCUUGGGCUACGACGGUGCCAUGUUGGGGUUUGCUCCUUACGGGGAAUACUGGCGAGAGAUACGCAAGAUUGGGACGAUUGACCUCCUCUCGAAGCACCGCCUUGACUCACUGAAGGACAUUCGAGCUCUCGAGGUUGAGAUGGCGAUAAAAGACUUGUUCAAGUCCUGGAUCGAAAAGGGUAGGCCCAGAAGCGGUGUCCUAGUGGAAAUGAAGUCUUGGCUAGGAGAUUUGAUGCUCAAUAUAUUGUCGAAAUUGGUAGGAGGGAAGAGAUACAGCGGUUCGAAUGCGGACUGCGAUGAGAUGGAGGCAGAGAGGUGCAAAACGUUGAUGAGGACGUUUUUCGAGCUGCUUGGGGUCCUAGUGGUGUCGGAUGCCUUCCCGGCUCUAGGUUGGUUGGACAUAGGUGGCUAUAAACGAUUGAUGAAGGAGACCGCAAAAGAGUUGGAUAUUUUGGCACAGGGGUGGCUAGAGGAUCACAGAAGGAAGAGGUUAUCCCGCCCCGCAGGCGAUAGAGAGCAAAAUUUCAUGGAUUUGAUGCUGAAAGAUAUUGAAGGUGCAAAUUUAUCAGGUUUCGACGCCGAUACAGUUAUUAAGGCAACUUGUUUGAAUAUGAUAGUGGCGGGGAGCGACACUUUAAUGGUGGCGAGCACAUGGGUGCUAUCGCUGCUGGUGAACAACCGCGGCGUAUUGAAGAAGGCGCAACAAGAGCUGGAAGUCCAUGUCGGCAAGAGCCGGCCCGUGGAAGAGUCCGAUGUGAAGAACUUGACCUACCUACAAGCUAUUGUCAAGGAGACGAUGCGUUUGUAUCCGCCGGGGCCGGUCAACGCUUUAAGAACUACCAUGGAAGAGUGCACCUUCUCCGGCGGCUUUCGCGUUCCGGCAGGUACGCGAUUGAUGUUGAACAUCUGGAAAAUGCAGAGGGACGGGCGCGUAUGGUCCAACCCGGACAAGUUCGAGCCCGAGAGGUUCCUCACAACACAUCAGAAUGUGGACGUGAGAGGUCGGAACUUGGAGCUCAUCCCGUUUGGCGCAGGGAGGAGGUCCUGCGCGGGAAUGUCGCUGGCUCUGCACACGGUGCACUUGACCGUGGCUAGCUUGCUGCAAAGUUUCGACAUCGGCGCAGUCUCGGACGAAGCCAUGGACAUGACCGAGAGCCCCGGCUUGUCGAAUAUGAAGGCGACCCUGCUUGAAGUUACACUCAUUCCGCGCCUUGAUCCGAAGUUUUAUGAAAGAGACUAGAAGGGGAGUUUGUAAUAUUUUGUCUAGUGAUUCUAUAGC